UUCUGAUCGCAUGGUUAAACAAAUACAUUUGUUUAUGAACAAAUAAUAAUAAUAAUAACAAAUAAACAAAUAAUUCUUUGAAACAUUUUCUUUCUUAAGAGCCUUGUGGUGAUUACGCGAGUCCAGUAGGUCAACUGAAAUCAUAAAACCUGAAAAACUCAUUAGUUCAGGGUUAUUCCGAGUCCGUGAACGAUUUUUAAGAAUAUUUUAUUUUUCUGCGUGGAACGGUUUUUGGGCGCAAAAAGUUGCUCAACAUUUUUCUCUGCAAAAUACACAUUUGUGCAUUAAAAAGAUUCCGUUCAAGAUCUAAUAAUGUCCAAGUUGCUCGAAUUCCGAUGAAACAUAAGGCAUAUUGCUCUGUAACUAUUCUCUUACUAAUAAUGAAUUUUUUUAUUCCCAGUGCUGACCCUAGUUGCAACCUAAGCCCUUCUUUAUUCGUUUAAUUUGACCCAGUAUUAACCUGGUACCACCUCGAAUGUGCAUCAUAAUUUUUUGUAAGUUUUAACACACUAUGGGCUUAGCUCGUAAACAACUAUCCGGCAUCUUUUUCUUACUAGCAUCGUAAAUCGCAAUAUCGUUUCUUUAUUCCUGGGUAGGAUGACCCAGUCGAAUAAAGAAAUUCGCUAUAAGGUGGUUCUGUCGAUUGUGUUGAUAAACAAUGGUCGAACUCAAAUCUUGAGCGUGAUAUCACUAGAUGUUCGGCAACCAUGAGACAAACUGGAAUGUUAUAUUUGACGACGGACUACAUCUAAGAAGGUGGUAUUGUGCUAAAAUUGAAAUUUAAAAAUCUCGAAAUUUUGGCCAUUUAUUUGAACGCUCCAGAAGAUGUUUACAUUGUAUUGGAAGCGAAGGUUAACAGUUUCACUAUCGCCUGACGGUUUUUAAUUGAAAACGUCUUUGGGGGCUGAGGCGACCUACUUCAAUAAUUCCGUGAUAAACUGAAUCACAUGACAUAAAAUUAUACCAAAGGUAAUGUUAACUGAACGCAGAAAAGUACAUAACCUGAUAUUAGAGUUAACUUUAGUAUCCAAGGUUUAAAUGUAAAAACUGGCUCAACGUGCUCUGUGUAAGUCGUGCGGUCGUGUGUCAGACACAACCCCUGUUAUUUUUUUUUCUUGCACUAUCAAAACAAUUUUAAUACUUUCUACCCCUUUAAUACGUAAUAUUUAUUAAAACAACUGCGAAAAAUAUUUCAAAAUAAAUGUAUCUAAGUGUUUUAGAAAUAUAAUUCAUUGGAACAAUUAUCUAGACAUCAAUAUUUCUGUGAUAAUUUUAUUUCUAAAAAAAACUAAAACACAUUUGAUUUGAAACGGUGUUCGCAAUGUUGUUUUAAAACAACAUUGCGCAUUUAACAUAAGGGUUAUAUGCAUAGCCACGACCGCAAGGUUGACGUAGAACUGCAAUUCAUCUGACAAGAUAUUUGUCUUUAUGAAUUACUUUAUACUAACACAAAGUCAAUAAACGGUCCCAUAUAUCUAUCUACGAACACGAAGUUUGUUUUAAAAGCUGUUCCAGUGUUCAGCAGGUAGCUGAGCCAGGUGAAGAGAAAAUUUGCUGCCAUACACCUGAGAGACCUACCUCAGGUAGUGUGGGGUUCGACCCACUAAAAACCCCCCAGUCCUUAGUCCAUAACACUCCCCGGGAAGACCGCUAAGUAUUGCUUCGGGGAGCGGCUUUUAUGCUUUGUGCAACCUCUUGGCUCUAUUAAGUCUCCUGGCUAAUUAGCAAACCAACCUGGAGACUGACAGAUAGCUAACACUGGCGUGUCGGUGGUCAACCUGUUGCCUGCUUUGCAACUGUAGGACAAUUUGAGAGGCGCCUGACAAACCGCCCUUCAGAUGUUAGGGUCUUCGCACAUCCUCUGAACUAGGUUGUCCGGAGUAGUGUCUGGCCGGCUCAGUACCAACAUGUAGCUCCGCGCACACGCAAAACGAGGACAUAUAAAGAAGAUAUGCUCAGCAGUCUCUUCCGCAUCCACGCACUCGGGGCACAUGUAGGACUCAGCAUGCCCGAACCUGUGUAGGUACUGCUUGAAGCAACCAUGACCUGACAAAAUCUGUGUCAGGUGGAAGUGACCUUCUCCAUGGCGCCUCCCGAUCUAUCCGGAUACCAUCGGAAGGAGUCGGUGCGUCCAUCUGCCUAUCGCGGAACUGGACCAUUCUUGCUGCCAUCUGAUCAUCGAUGACGAUCUACUGAUACCUCGGAUGCGCCAUAUGUCGCGUUGGUCGAAGCAUUCUACGUCUUCUUGAAUGACUAUGUUGAUAGGCAACAUGCCGAACAGGACGCAGACUGUGUCGUAUGACACUGUACGAAACGCAUUCGCAACUCUCAGGCACAUGAGCCUGUAGGUACUAUCCAGUCUACCACGAUACCUAAGUAUGGACGAAACCACGUAUGGACGAAACCACGCUGGCAAAAAGUUAACGUUUGCUGCCAUGUCCCACUGAGCUAUUUGACAUCAUUCGAGAUAGUGCUGCAAUAGCCGUUAAAACCCUCUUGCAAGUAUAGUUGACGUGACUCUUAAAUGUGAGCUUAUCGUCAACCAUAAACCCCCAAGAGAUCGCUUUGAGGUGACGGUGAAGUUUCCGACUCUGACCACCGCCUGUUGCUCUGAUUUGCGGUUAUUCACAACCGUUACCCCCGGCUCAUGGUGCGCUAACUCCAAUUUUCGGGAAUGCAUCUAGUCUUCGACCUUGCAUAUACAGUGCGCGGCCGUCAACUCGACCUCCUCGAUAGACUCGUCGUAUCUGCAUAGUCGACGAUAACAACUCCUACAGGAAAUUUGUACCUGAUCACUCAACAAUAGCGGUCAUUGUAUUUUGCAAGAGGGCACGUAUAGCAAUUGACUGGGAUAUAUUACAAAAGUUCACAUCAUUGGACAACGUAAUUCUAAUUCCCUAACAAAAAAAAAAAUAAAUCUUGUUCUAGUCAUCAUUGCUGCUUCAUAACAGCUCAGUAUUGUUCGAUGGGCCUCACUUUCGGUGCGUUGGGGGGCUUGGGGUGGCACGAUGCUAGAUCUGGUCAGAGGAUCGUAAGUUCCUCUUGUUACUUCAACAGAAGAAGGAAGAUGCUUUAGUAGAAAUUCCUUGCGGUAGAUUUUCCCGUUUACAGUCCCGGUAGUCACGAACGGUGCACUCCGUUUGCCACAUGAGCAUAUCGCUUGCCAAAUCAGGUAUUUCUUGGCAAACUUUGACAGUUUCUGCUUUCUUACAAUUUCCGGAACAUCAAACUUGUGCUGGGCAGUGAUGAAGGUAGCCCCGAGAGCUGCCGGUAGUUAACGCUGGCGUAAUUCUCAUCAUCCAUAAUGAGACAAUUUCCCACUGUAUUUUGCCGUUCUAUACAAUUUGGUACUUUCUGCACUUUGUACGUAUGCAGUACCUGCCGGUACUUGGCUCUUUGAACGAAAGACUUGCUCAGAUUCAACUUUUAGCCACAUCCCUGAUCGAAGCAUUGGGAUUCCGCGUAAACGCUUUAACAACACGCUUGUGGUCCGAAUCACUAAUGGAACAUCUAUUCUGACCCGGUUCGAUGCUCAGAGUUUCGUAGUAACGUUUAAUCACACGAAUUACCAUUGACUGCACGAUGCCGAGUUGUUUUCCGAUGUCCCGAUGAGAGCGUUGACGAUUUUCCAGGUGCUUUAGCAUAAUCCAUUCGCGACGUUGCUUUUCGGAUAACAACAUUUUUUCCAAUUUCCGAAAAAACUGACAGCGAUAAAUAUACAGUAUGAACAAUACACUUCAAACUACUUCUACCCAAAUUUCCUAUUAAAAUACCCAACGAGUAAUUUUAUACAGCGUUUUUCCUGUGAUAUUCCCGGAGACCCAUGUGGUUUGAAAGAGUCUAUUGCCCAUUCAACCUUCGAAUUACCCAAUAUGGAGCAGAUGAGUUCUUGAGAUUCAGUCCAAGUCCAGUUUGAUCCUGGACCUCCUGAAUAUUAAAAUAUGAUCCUGGGGGAUCUUCCAUCAUAAUAUUAAGUGUUUUCUAAGAAUCCCGUCUAAGAUGUUGGAUGGGAUUAGACCAUUUUGGAUAGUUUUUCAGAUGAUGUCAUCAUCUUAAAUCCUAAAAUAGCGUCCGGUUUCUGGGUAUCAUUCCUUUUCCCAACGUAUUCUUAUCAGAUGGUAUUUGAUCAAUUAAGGCUGUUUACCAGAGAUCAUAAGACGCCAUCUUGGAAUUCAAAAUGAGAUUUGGAGUUGAUUUUUGGUUUCUGAGCAUCAUUCCGGUUCCGGGAAUUCUCUUUAGGAAGCCAUUUUAUCAUUUUAGGUUAUUUUUUUAGCAAACGGAAGUCGCCAUCUUGGAUUCCAAACAGUCGUCUGAGGCUUUCAGGGUUAUGGGCAUAAUCUUGGUUGCGAAAACACUCAUAAUCAGUGGUAUUUGGAUAUUCUAUAGUCGAGCACAUCUCAGAAAUGAUGAAAGCAUCGUCCUUAACAUCAACGUCGUUACGGAAUUUUGCUGAUUUUAUGAGUUCAGCUAAAAAAUUGGGUAGAAGUAGAAAAGAAGAAGAUAGUUCUUUUACAAUACACUCACGCAGUGUUUCUCAUGGGAGGAGGCUGGCAGCACGGUCAACAACCUGUACGCGAUUUCUGUUUGCUGUAGUUUUAUUUUAAAUUAUCAGUGUUAUUCACAAAAAGAAAAAGCAAAAAUAGUGGAAUACAGUAGAACUGUGUGUGCCGUGUACGAAUGUGAUAAAGGAACCUCAUCUGAGUGAAUGAAAUGAUUGAAUGUUCUCGAAAACAAAUAUGCAAAAACGUCUAGUGUCUAGUUAUGUGUGUGGUUUCAAGCUAUAGGUGUGAACAAGAUAGCGCAAGUACGUCUUACGAGAAGACGGGUGAAAAACGCUAUAGCAAACAUCGGUACGAACAACAUGAUCAAGCGAGUGAUGAAGAAGGGAGAGCGAGACAGAAAAAACAGCUAAGUAUCCUAUGCCAAUUCUUCUGCAUCUUCUGAAUUUUUUCAAAUUGCUGCGACGUUGAUUACUAAGAUGGUGUUUUGCAACUGGGAACGACAACUAGAACAACGCAAAAAAGAUCCCAAACGGAAACCGUCACUGGUCAAAGCAAUAUUUCGCACUUUUCGCCUGGAGUGGAUCUGGUUGUCUGUACUGACCGUGUUUGGCGAGAUUGUACUGCGAAUCGCACAACCUAUCUUGCUCGGAAGAUUACUGCUGUAUUUCAGGCGACAAGCGGACAUCAGUUACGAACAAGCGUUAUACUAUGCGGUUGGGAUGGUCCUAACGAAGGCUGCCAGUAUUCUGGUGGAGAACCAAUACUCGAUCUGUACCUGUUUGAAUGGAGUUAGGACCAGAAUAGCUGUUUGCAGUUUGAUUUAUCGGAAAUCUUUGCGGCUUUCGAGAAACGCUUUGGGAGACACUUCCCCAGGAAAGGUUGUCAAUCUGUUGUCCAACGAUGUUAAUCGAUUCGAUAUUGUUGCUUAUCUGGUAUGCUACAUGUGGUCGGCACCGUUGUUGACGAUUGUGGUCGUGAUUCUACUGUGGUAUGAAGUUGGCUGGGCUGGACCUCUUGGAAUUUUGACAAUUUUUGCCAUUACACUGUUCCAAUCUUUUUUCGGUAAGCUGACUUCACGGUAUCGUCUACGGACGGCGAUGCGAGCGGAUGACCGUAUUCGGUUGAUGGAUGAAAUCGUGGCCGGAAUUCAUGUGAUCAAAAUGUACGCUUGGGAGAAACCGUUUGCCGCACUGAUUUCACUAGCACGAAAGGCUGAGCUUAAAUUUGUCUUGAGAAGUGGAUUGAUUCGUGGUUUGUACAUGACGUUCCAGCUGUUCACUACCAGGGCAGCAUUGUUUGCGACGAUGAUUACCCUGUUCCUGAUGCAAGAAGACAUAACUGCGGCCAAAGUGUUUGUGAUUGCCAGUUAUUUAAACAUUGUGGCCUACACGAUGGCGGGAAUGUUUGUACGAGGUGUUGCAGAAAUAUCGGAAGGUUUAGUGGCAACUAGGAGACUGCAGCGAUUUUUGGAGUAUGAGGAAAUACAACAAGCGGAAGAGCUGCGUAGAACUAUGGAAAAACAAAACGGUAAUCAAAAUGUGGAACUUUCAAACAUCGCCAUUUCUAUGCGCUCCGUAACGGCUCGUUGGGAGACACCUGGGUCGCAUGGCGAACAGUAUCCUCUAGCAUUCGCGGAACAGCAUCCUGCUACACUAGAUAGUUUGGACGUUGACUUCCCUAAGGGUAAAUUGAUUGGAAUUGUAGGAGCAAUUGGUUCCGGUAAAUCGUCCAUCUUACAAGCUAUUCUGCAAGAGCUGCCACUCGAGAGUGGGAAAAUAGUUUGCAAUGAAACAUUGUCCUAUGUCAGCCAGGAGCCGUGGUUAUUUGCAGGUAGCAUCAAACAGAAUAUUUUGUUUGGUUCGGAAAUGGAUAAAAAACGUUAUAAAUCGGUGGUGAGAGUGUGCGCUUUAGAUGCAGACUUGGAGCAAUUUCCAAACGGUGAUGAUACGUUGGUUGGAGAGCGCGGAAUUUCGCUUUCCGGUGGGCAGAAAGCGAGAGUUUGUUUGGCUCGAGCAGUCUACAGAAAGUCCGGCGUUUAUUUGCUGGAUGAUCCGUUAAGCGCCGUUGAUGCGCACGUUGCACGUCACUUGUUCGAUUUAUGUAUUGGCUCGAAAGGUUUGCUGGGCAGACAAGGCGCUACCAGGAUUCUUGUGACACACCAGGUUCACUUCCUGAUUGAAUCUGAUUGGAUCAUAGUUAUGAACGAGGGCAAAGUGGAAGCUCAAGGAACUCCGCACGAUCUCAUGAAACGAGGAAUUGAUAUAUUAGACCUUAGCUCUGAUGAUUCGGAAGACACCUCAUUGAAUCAUUCCCACCUUGGUCGGCAAGUUUCUCAACUAUCGGUAGCUUCGACUACAUCCAGCAAUAGUGCAUUGAAUGAAAAAUUUGAUGCGGAUAAGGAAGAAGAUCUUAUUGAACAAUCAUUUGAAAAAUCUUCCGAAGAUACGACCAACAGUUCACUAUUCAUGCAUUACGCCUCCGGAACUGGAAGUUGGGUGGUUCUGGUCGGUCUGCUCCUAUUGUUUCUUGCCACUCAGCUUAUUGUCAGUUUUACGGAUUAUUGGGUGUCGUACUGGGUAUCCCAAGAGGAAUUAAGAGCUUUCAUUGCGGAGCAGAACGAAACGGUUGUGGCUGCGGGUUCACAGGAAGUUCCGCUAAGUUCCGAGAUCUGUAUGUACGUGCAAUGUUCAGCAGUAGUUGGGAUUUUUAUAAUAGGGCUAGGGAGAACAAUUGGAUUCUACUGCUCCUGUGCCCGAGCAUCGCAAGCAAUUCACGACUGGUCGUUCAAGGGUUUCAUCUCAGCGACCAAGCGUUUCUACGAUACUAACCCGUGUGGCAGGAUUCUGAAUCGCUUCUCCAAAGACCUGGGAGCUAUGGACGAACUUCUUCCGAAAGCGAUUCUCGAUGCAACGCAAGCGGUAUUGGCAAUCGCUGGCGCUAUGCUGGUAAUUCUGGUCGUUCAACCCUUCUUCUCGAUACCGGUUUUUCUGUUGCUGCUUGUCCUGCUGUACGCUAGAAAGAUUUAUUUGAAAACUUCCCAGAACACACGUAGGCUAGAAGGAAUAACCCGCUCUCCGGUAUUUUCCCACAUAUCGACCACCCUCAAUGGUUUGCCAACAAUCCGGUCAUAUUGUGUGCAGAAAUUCCUCAUUAAAGAGUUCGAUUUACACCAAAACAUUAACACCGGCGCAUAUUUUAUGUUUCACUGCGGCCAAAUAGCCUUCGGGUUGGUGUUGGACUUGAUCUUCUUCGUAUUUCUCGUUAUUGUAACAUUCACGUUUCUGCUACUGGAUACGGAUGCGCUGGGAGACAAGGUAGGUCUUGUUGUUACCCAAAUUACGUCCCUAGCUGGAAUGCUGCAAUUUGGCGUGCGCCAAAGUGUCCAGAUGUUGAAUCAUCUGAUUGCAGUGGAACGAUUGUUAGAGUACAAAAAUUUACCUGCCGAGAAGCAACCACCGGAGGACACCUUGCAAAUUAAAACAAAACAAUGGCCAUCGAUGGGAAGGAUACGCUUCUCGAAUGUUUGCUACAAAUAUUACAAAGAUGCUCCUCUAGUGCUUCGUGAUUUAACAUUUGAAAUUAAACCAAAAGAAAAGAUUGGAAUUGUUGGUCGAACCGGUGCGGGGAAGUCGUCGAUUGUUGGGGCGCUCUUUCGGACAGCAAUCGUUGAGGGUAACAUCAUAAUCGAUGAUGUUGAUACGUCUGAUAUUACAUUGGAAACGUUGAGAUCGAACAUCUCGAUCAUUCCCCAAGAUCCGAUCCUGUUUAGCGGAACCUUACGGAAGAAUCUUGAUCCGUUCGAUCGUUAUACCGAUUUGGAGUUGUGGAAGGCGUUAGAGCUAGUAGAACUAAAGGAUUUAGCUAAUGGUCCUCUGGGUCUUCAAGCGUACGUUGCAUGUGCCGGAACAAACUUCAGCGUCGGUCAGCGACAGUUGUUGUGUCUGGCCAGGGCGAUUCUUCGAAACAACAAAAUACUUGUUCUUGACGAAGCAACCGCAAACGUAGAUCCCGAAACUGACCGUUUGAUACAGUUGACGAUCCGGGAACGAUUUGUCGACUGUACUGUACUUACAAUUGCUCACCGUUUGAACACUAUCAUGGAUUACGACCGGGUGUUGGUAAUGAGCGAUGGCAAAGCCGUAGAGUUUGGAACUCCCUAUGACUUACUACAAUUACCCAGUGGAGUGUUCCAUGCUAUCGUGUUGGCAACCGGAGCAGUUGAGUCGGAGAAUCUCAUCAAUAUGGCUAAUAAACACAAUAAUCAGAAUGUAGAAAAUGUAGACUGUUAAACUGUUGAAAGAAACAUAAGUAUGUACAUAUUGUUUUGUACUUAAACUGCCCAACUAUGUUAGAAUAGUAUAUAUUGUAUACGUUUAGAUUAUACAAAUAAAAUGUCUUUAUAAUACAA